GACUCAAAACAAAUUCUGAUCUAAAGUAGAAAUGUCACAUAAUGAAGUUUACUUGCGUCUUUGAGGACACUUUGAACGAGAGACCUACGCAUGCGAGUCACAAUACACAACUUCCCCCACGGUUUGAACUAAGCUGGCUUUAAACUAUGGCGUUUCUUUUUCUUCUCAUUUCGUUGGCUCCUAAAACGAUCGGACUAAAAAUGUGCUUUGAGAGCGAAGCUGAAAAGUAGAAGAAGCAGUAUUUGCAGUUUCAAUAGCGGAAAGCAGGCGUUUUCUCUGGUUUGAAAGGUUUAAAAAUCAAUCAAGAAUUCACAAAUAGCGGGAAAAUUCGAUCGAUGUCGUCGGCUUCCUUCAUCGUUAAAGCACUACUUACCCGGACCAUUUUUGCUGGCCACAUUAUCGUGUCCGUUUGGUGGGUAGUGCAACUGACACUUAAUACAAAAUUGUGGCAUCUGGCAUUCUUCGAAGGAUUGCUGUUUCUGGAAACGCUGUUCUCUGUGUUCUACAAAGGGGGACAUGAGUACAAAUGGUUUUCCCCUUCAAUUUUUUGUCACUUGAUUGGAAUCAUUCCCUGCGCAUGGAUUCUGGAAUUCGAUCUUCUGGAGGUGAGAAGAAAUGGCAAUUCAACCAGUGACAAGCUAAAUUCAGACGUACUGAUAGUUUCAGCUGAGAGGUGGACAGAUUUAAUACAACAGACUACCAUGCUGAUGAUGAUCCUGGGCCGCUGGCUGCUGCCUACAGCACAAGGCAUGACAAAGGACUCCCUCUCGCAGCUCCUCCUUGUCAAUUUAGCAAUGUGCGCAGAUAUCAUCGAGUUCUUCGACAUUCUAAAACUGAGCUUCGUGAAAUCUUCUCACACACUCAUAGUGACAAUUCUUUGCUUAUGGACCUGGAGUUUGAUGCAGUUUCCAUUCAACACCAUGUUGAAACUUGACAUCGAAGAUGAAGGGUCGGACGAGAAAAAGACGGCAAAAAAUGUUGAUAAAAAUUUGCGAGGGAAAAGAGCAAUUGUUCCAUAUGAAGGGGAGCUGGAUAUGCCUAACAGAGCUUCAAUGACGUCAAUAGACUUCAGGCAGGCCAUUGCUGCCAAGAGAAUGUCACGUGACAUUCUGCUGAUGUCGCAUAAUUAUUCACGUGGAUUACCAGCUGGUUAUCUGCCAGAUUUUCGGCGAAAUUCAUAUCAGCCUCAUGUAAGGGACAGUGAUUCUCCUGAGCCUAACCUGGACCAUAUUCAAAAUGUCCAUACCGAGAGAGGCAUUUCAAAUGGGCAACCGAGAGGGCCUGGGCGUUUUUCAUUAGAUGUGGGACAAAUGAGAGCGAAAGGCACGACGAGAUAUAUGACGACAUCAAUGACGUCACCGAAUCUCAGGCUUGACCUGAAAGGGCUCCAGGAAGACAUGAUUCGCUCCAAAGAAAAAUCUGCACGAACUAAUUCAGCAGGGCUGGAGACAAAUGUCGAUAUAGACGCUGAUUUCUCAGAGGAGGAAGAAACAAAAAAGUCCCGUAUUACCAUAGAACUGUUGGGGAUUCUAAUGUCUCUAUUCAUGCAAGACGGACCAUUCCUUACCUUUCGCCUAUUCAUCAUCGCCCAGUAUCAAGCAUAUGAAUACAUGGUGAUUUUCUUGACAGCAAAAAAUGCGCUGGUCCUGGCGUUACAAGUAUACCGACUUUGUGUUCUUCACUGUACGUGCUAUGACCAUAAGGAGAACGAUUUCUCUCCUGAGAACGAGAUCGAUGCUAAUUCUCGGCUAAAGAACGUCCAGGUAGCCAUCUCACACGGAGGUAAUGAGGAAUCCGAGGACGAGUCUCUUCAUACAAUGGGCUGGAAUUUCACAAGGAAAUGGCGAAGGAGCUUUAAAAAUCCAUUUUCUUCCUCGCAUUUGUCUGAUUCGCAGGUACAUUUAGCGCCAUGAUACGCAUGCUCAGCCGCGACGGUGGGAUUAUUUGAGAAUUCAUCCUGAAGUCUUAUAUAUAUGGUUUGCUGGAAAUGAUCCCAGAGUCUUUCGAAACGUUGCCAUCCCUAAUGCGCAUGCACUUACUUAUCUAGCUAGAUUUAACUGGUCAUUCAGAUCCAAUAUUUACCAAUGAGAGUCGAGAAAGCUCGAUCCCAGUAUCUGCCCCAGGGCUUCUGUAGCGUAUGCGCGACCAACUCGAUCUCUGAGGUUAGCUAAGAUUGGAUCGUAAACAGAGGAGAAAAGCGAUGGGCUAUCGUGGGCCCGCGAAAGGACACGGCAUUUUAACUGUGAUAAGGUCAUCUGGAACUUUGAGCAGGACUUUGAUUACCAUCUAGGUCUGGAUACCUAAGCACUGAUUUCGCUAAAUCAAAAAUAAAAAUUUGCUUGUUGUUA